AUUUUUUCCAAAAUAAUCUGAUAAGAUUUUUGUUUUUUUCAUCGUCGUCGUUGGAACGUCGGAGUGAAUUAGGGAUUCGAGAGAAUGACGAUGAACUCGCUCCCGAGGAGAUUUGGGAAGAAUCAAGGCUAUUUGGAUCGAGACUAUCGAAACGGAAGGAGAUCUGAAUCAGAAUCCGAUGAAGAGAUGAGAGGGUUGAGUCACGAGGAGUAUCGAAGGCAUAAGCGGCUGAAGAUGAGGAAAUCAGCCAAGUUCUGCUUUUGGGAGAACACACCGAGUCCACCUAGAGAUCCGAACGAGGAUUCCGAUGAUAACGCCGACGAGAUUUUGGACAGGAACGGCGGCGAGAAGGAUGAUAAAGAGAAAGGGAAAGACAGGAAAGGUAAAUCUGAAUCUGAGAAGUCGGAUUCGGAAUCUGAAUCUGAUGGUUUGAGAUCUAGGAAGAGGAAAGGGAAGAGCUCUAGGUCUAAGCGUAGUAGGCGUAGGAGAUCUUAUGAUAGUGAUAGUGAUAGUGAAUCUGAAGAGAGUGAGAGUGAUUCGGAAGAGGAAGAUAGGAGACGAAGGAGGAAGAGUUCUAAGAAGAAGAAAAGUAGAAGCAGUCGUAGUAGUAGGAAAAAGCGAAGUCAUAGGAGGAAGAGGAGAUACAGUGACUCUGAUGAGAGCAGUGAUGAAGAUAGUAAAUCUGAGAUUAGUGCUUCGUCUUCUGGAGAGGAAGAUACCAAGUCAAAGAGCAAGAGGAGGAAGAGAUCUUCGGGUUCUAGCUCUAAACGAAGCAAGGAAAAGAUAACAAAGUCAGAGUCUGAAAGCGAUGAUGGUACUGAGGAUGAUGCGAAGAUGCAAGUAGAAGAAACGGUGAAGGAUACUGAAGUUGAACUUGAUGAAGAGGAGUUGAAGAAGUUCAAAGAGAUGAUUGAAUUGAAGAAGAAAUCUUCAGCUCCUGAUGAAGAAGAGGAAGACGCUGAUGUUGGUCCAAUGCCAUUACCUAAAGCUGAAGGUCACAUCAGUUAUGGUGGUGCUUUAAGACCUGGUGAAGGAGAUGCUAUAGCACAGUAUGUUCAGCAAGGUAAACGUAUCCCACGUAGAGGAGAAGUGGGUCUUAACGCUGAAGAGAUUCAGAAGUUUGAGGAUCUUGGUUAUGUGAUGAGUGGAAGUAGGCAUCAAAGGAUGAAUGCUAUUCGUAUUAGAAAGGAAAACCAGGUUUACAGUGCGGAAGACAAACGGGCACUGGCCAUGUUUAACUACGAGGAGAAGGCGAAGCGCGAGGCUAAGGUUAUGUCUGAUCUGCAGCGGCUUGUGCAGCGCCAUAUGGGAGAAGAGUUGGGACCUAAUCAUGACCCUUUUGGUGCUACAAAGACUGAUGGAGCUGAUGAUUGAUUUUUGCUUUGCUUUAUGCUGCUACUUGUGUCGGUGGGUACUCACUACUCGUCUUAUGCUUUUAUAUUGUAGACUGUUCCUUAUUUGCAUCCAUAUAUACCGUUGUUCGCUACUUGCCCGGUAAUGUGCUUAAUAGUUUAUGCUUUAAUCUGCUAUGUAUUGCAUGUAUGCGUUUUGUGUUAAAGAUGAUAGAUUCUGACUUUAGGGAUAUGCAACAGUUGUUCUUGUGCAUUUGACUUAGGUCGAUGAUUGUAUUAUAAGGGCAUUCACUAAGCUCGAAGACUGUAGAAACUAUCAAUUGUUUAGGAUAUCCCUUAAUAUGA